AUGGCCAUUGCAUAUAUAUUCGACGAGGAGGUAGGACUGUUCCACUAUGGGCCUAGGCACCCUAUGAAACCAUUUAGAACAGUUCUUACGCACUCUCUAGUGAAGUCUUUUGGCCUCGACAAGAAGAUGACGAUAGUCAAGCCAGCAACAACCUCUUUGACAUACCACACAAAGGAGUAUCUGGAAAAUCUUGGGAAGAACGAAACGCCUGACUGCCCUGAUUUCAUCGGGCUCUCCAGAUUCUGUGAGCUAUAUGGGAGUGCUUCCAUAAACUCUGCAAUGAUCCUUGCAGAGGGAGAGUACAGUACUGUGAUCAACUGGAGCGGUGGGCUCCACCAUGCACACAAAAGCGUUCCAAGUGGAUUCUGCCAUGUAAACGAUAUUGUGAUGGCGAUUCUAGAGCUUCUGAAGACAUAUCAAAGAGUCAUGUACAUAGACAUAGAUGCCCACCAUGGAGAUGGGGUUGAGGAAGCGUUCCUUGAAUGCGACAGGGUUCUGACUCUUUCCCUGCAUAAGUAUGGAGACGGGUUUUUCCCCGAGACAGGGACUCUCAUUACGACGGGGCAUAAGGCUGUGAAUGUUCCGCUUCUAUCUGGAAUUGAUGAUGCAGGCUACAAGUACAUUUUCGAGCCGGUUGUGAAAUCCUGUGUCAGGAAGUUCCUACCCGAUGCAAUUGUGCUGCAGUGCGGCGCAGACUCCUUGGGGGAAGAUAGGCUGGGAUGCUUCAACCUCUCAAUAGAAGGCCAUGCGUCGUGUGUUCGGUUUGUUAGCUCGCUUGGGAUUCCUUUGCUCUGUCUUGGAGGAGGAGGAUAUACUCUGACUAAUGUUGCAAGGUGCUGGGCAUAUGAGACGGCUGUUUUAUGUGGAGAGGACCCCAUUGUUGACAUUCCCAAGGAGAAUCCCUUCUAUACAUACUUCAGUCCUACAUAUACCAUUAAUCCGGUGUUCAAAAGGAAGUAUGCCAAUAAGAACGAUAGGGAGUAUCUGGACAUGAUUAUGAGCUUUAUACUUGAUAAGGUGGAUAAGUUUUGA